UGGUUAAGGGCAGUGCUAGGGCCCUUAGGGACUUUUUGAGAAGAUAGGAAAGCUCUAGCGUUUCCACGUAUUCCGGAAGCGUCUCCUGGCGUAGCACUGAAGGGUUUUUCCCAUGGCGCCGCCUCUGGCCCCGCUCCCGGUGGAUGUACCCGGGGAGGCCGGGAGCAGACCCACGAGAGAAAGCAGACCCGGGGCCGUGAGCUUCGCGGACGUGGCCGUAUACUUCUCCCCGGAGGAGUGGGGGUGCCUGCGGCCCGCGCAGAGGGCCCUGUACCGGAACGUGAUGCGGGAGACCUACGGCCUCCCGGGCGCGCUCGGAUUUUCAGGCCCCAAACCCGCUUUUAUUUCUUGGGUGGAAAGAGAGGUCGAGGCGUGGAGCCCGGAGGCCCAGGAUCCAGAGGCUGUCAUCAGAGACGGGAAAGAUAACAGAUCCAGGGAUGUGAGUGAAGAAAAAGAACUGAAGAAGAGUCCAAAGCAAAAAGAGAUGGAGCAUGAGGAACUGUCUGAGGAAGUGUCUAUCGAGGAGUGGUUGCCAUCCAGCAGGCCCCCUGGUGCCAGUCACAAAGCUGCAGGCCCAGAACUCUGCUGGAACUCUGGGCAGAGCCCUAUCAAGCCUUGGUUCAGGGGCACUCCAAACCAUAAAUCACAGUCUUGCUCAGACUGUGGCCACAACUUCAGUUACCCCUCCCUCCUGGCCAACCACAAGCGGGUCCACUCUGGGGAGCGUCCCUUCCCCUGUGACCAGUGCCAGGCUUGUUUCUCCCAGCGCAAGUACCUGCUCCAGCAUCAGUUCAUUCACACAGGUGAAAAGCCCUACUCCUGCCCUGAUUGUGGGCGAUGUUUCUGCCAGAGGGGUUCCCUGGCCAUCCAUAGAUGAGCUCACAGUGGGGAGAAGCCCUACCCAUGCCCAGACUGCAAAAGUCGCUUUACUUACCCCUACCUGCUAGCCAUUCACCAGCGCAAGCACACAGGUGAGAAGCCUUAUAGCUGUCCCAGCUGUGGCCUCUGUUUUGCCUACAGCUCCCUGCUGGCUAUCCACAGGUGCACACAUACAGGCGAGAAGCCCUACCCCUGCCCAGACUGUGGCCUCUGCUUUACCUACUUGUCUCUCCUCAGUCACCAGUGCAUUCACUCUGACAGCCGGCCCUUCCCCUGCCCACAGUGUGGGAAAGGCUUUAAGCGCAGGUAUGCCUUAGAAGCCCAUCAGUGGAUCCAUCGCUCUGGCAAGAGGCCAAGGUGGCAGCGACCCACAGUAGGGCAUUCAGAGCCGAUCCUUGUUUUGGGAGGCCAAGAUCCCCCAGUUCAUUUCCGGUAUUUUCCAGAUAUAUUUCAAGAAUGUGGGUGAUAGAGCUCACAAGAGAUGAUUAGUUUUCUUUGGAAGGGAAAAGGCAAAGUUUAUGCAUGGGGGGAUACGGAAUGGAAAGGAAGUAGCAUUUAAAGAAAACAAAGCUCUGAGUUAAGGGAGCACGGAGCUGGUCCUUUGGAUCGAGGCAGGAGUCUGAAACUUGGGAGAGUUCUUCCCUGCAAAUCAUUCACCUACCUGGCUUUUUCCCCUGGAUUGUUCUCUCCCAUAGAGCAUUCUGCUUUCUGGCCUGUAUAUCUCCUGUUCCUUAGAAAUGGGGUCCGCUAGACACAAGAGCCUAUUAGAGGAGUCUGUACCCUCUGAGUAUCCCCUGGAAUAGAAGGCACACCUAGGGCCUAUCCCCAAUGGGGGAAGCUCAUUCAAGGAUUCUUUUAGCCAGUGUAGGUGAAAUUUUUGGCAAGGAGGCACACGUGGUGUCAAGCCACUGUUGGCACUCUUUAGUCUUAAAAUCCUAAUGGUGACCAUAGGGAGAACAAUGGCUUCAGGUAGAGAACUGUCCUGCCCCAUCUUACUCUGCACAUAGUAUACAAAAAUGUCCAACUUAGCUUAAAGGUUUUUCCCCUCAAACUUUUAAGAGUUAGUGAUUGCAGUGUUUUUUUCUUCAGAUACUAGCAUGUUCUCUGGAUUUUACACCUUCUGAAUAAAGAUGUGUUCUUGGGGACGCCUGGGUGGCUCAGCGGUUGAGCCUUUGGCCCAGGGCGUGAUCCCAGAGUCCUGGGAUUGAGUCCCACAUGGGGCUCCCUGCAUGGAGUCUGCUUCUCCCUCUGCCUGUGUCUCUGUCUGCCUCUCUCUCUGUGUCUCUCAUGAAUAAAUAAAUAAAAAUAAAAAUAAAAAAGAUGUGUUCUUGGGCCACAGCAGCAGGAAACAUAAUGCCAGCACUUUUGUUUAAGAGAGUAAAUUACUUGUGAUUAGACUUGAAAUCAAGGCCAGGUAUCUCCAGUCUAAUUUUUAUUGUAAUGCUUGUAUGUGUCAGCAGUUAAGAAAUGUUUUUCUGACUCAUUUUGAUCUGCUAGUCUUACUUUUGAUCAGGAGACUUUUUUUAAAAUUUUUUUUAAAAGAUUUUUUAUGUAUUUGAGAGAGUGCACACAAACAGAAGGGGCAGAGGGAGAAGCAGGCUCCUUGCUGAGCAGGGAAGCCUGAUGCGGGGUUCCAUCCCAGGACCCCAGAAUCAUGACCUGAGCUGAAGGCAGCUGCCUAACCAACUGAACCACCCAGUUGGUUAGGCCAGUAGGACUAAGGAUAUCUCCAUGCCAGGAGUCAUACUGGGGGAAUCAACUAUCUCUUUGAACAAAAGAACACUCUUGGAACCCCUGGAUUCCAAAAAUGAUCAUUAAUGGAAACUGGAUGUUAUUCCACCUAACCACAUAGCCUCUCCUGAAUUGGUAGACCUGGAUUCCAGGUCGGCUCAGUCUCUACUAGCUGUGUGGCCUUAAGCAUGACAUUCAACCUUUCUAAGCCUUAAUUGUCUCAGAUAAGAUGUGAAAGCACCUCACAUGUCAUCGUUUGAAGAACAAGUGGCUGAGUGCCCCCACAACAUUUUAUAAAAUUUUUCUUUUUUUUAAAGAUUUUAUUUAUUUAUUCAUGACAGACACAGAGAGAGAGAGAGAGGCAGAAACACAGGCAGAGGGAGAAGCAAGCUCCAUGCAGGGAACCUGAUGUGGGACUCCAUCCCAGAUCUCCAGGAUCACACCCUGGGCUGAAGGCAGCGCUAAACCGUUGAGCCAUUGGGGCUGCCCCAAAUUUUUCUUUAAGAGUUGCAAGGGGAUGCCUGCAUGGCUCAGCGGUUGAGCAUCUGCCGUCAGCCCAGGGUGUGAUCCUGGAGUCCCAAGAAUGAGUCCUACAUUGGGCUUCCUAUAUGGAGCCUGCUUCUUCCUCUGCCUGUGUCUGCCUCUUUCUGUGUCUCUCAUGAAUAAAUAAAUAAAAUCUUUAAAAAUAAAAAAAAAGUUGUAAGAAUUAUAUGAGAAACACUCAUGCCCAUCAUUUAGAUUCCACAGUUAAUCUAUAUUCUAGAAUUGUGCUACAUUUGUAGAUCAGUCCAUCUCCUAUCUGUUCAUUUAUGCAUCUUAUUUCACAGUACAUUGCAGGCAUUUUUAUACUUCAUUCCUAAACACUUGAACACAAGGCUAAGCUUUACAUAAUAAACUUUGGCUGUCCCUUAAAAUUCAAAUGUACUGCAACGCCUGGGUGGCUCAGCAGUUGUGUCUGCCUUUGGCUCAGGGCGUGAUCCACCAUCCUGGGAUCGAGUCCCAUAUCAGGCUCCUUGCGUGGAGCCUGUUUCUCCCUUUGCCUCUGUCUCUGCCUCUCUCUCUCUGUGUCUCUCAUGAAUAAAUAAAAUCUUAAAAAAAAAGUUCAAAUGUACUGGGGUGCCUUGGUGGCUCAAUCCAUUGAGUUUUGCCUCUUGGUUUCAGCUCGGGUCAUGAUCUCAGGGUUGUGAGAUUGGAGCAGGGCCUGAGCUCAGUGUGGAGUCUGCUUGAGAUUCUCUCCCUUUCUCUCUGCCCCUCACCCUGCUUGCACACACACACACACACACACACACACACACACUCUAAUAAAAUGUUUUUAAAAAACUCAAAUGCACCCUGUUAUAGACAAGUAAAAUUUAUAAAUUAUAAUUACCUUUGUAUGUUUUAUAACUUCUUUUAAUUAUAUCUGAUCAAGAUUCUGGAACAAACAUAUACAAUUUGGUGGCCAAUAAAACAAUUUGAAAGUAAAAGCAUCUUUGAAUUUUUAUGUUUGGCUGGAAAAACAGCAUGACACUGACCACUUAAGAUGGUGCAGUUUUAGUCUUAUUGUCAUUUUUUUUUUUAAGAUUUUAUUUAUUUAUUGAGGGAGAGAGCACAAGCAUGUGGAGAGGUGGAGGGAGAGGGAAAAGCAGACUCUCUGCUGAGCAGGGAGCCAGACAUGGGGCUUGAUCCCAGGACCCCGGGAUCACAACCUGAGCCAAAGGCAGCUCAACCAACUGAGCUACUCAGGCGCCCCUAGUCUUACAGUCUUAUUACUUAACACCGAAGUUUAUUGUUUAGUUCCAUUUCCUUAUGUUUUCUCCAUCCCUGGUGCGAAAAGAAGCAAUUUAUAACACAGUACCCAAGUAAAUAAAGGUAUU